AUGAAGGGUUUAUUAUUUGUUUUUCUAAUACUUGUUAUUGCUUCACAUAGUUUAUGUGCUAGAAUAACACCUAAAGCUGAUGAUGAAUGGAUUGCUUUUGAUGUUACUAAUACUAAAUAUGGUGCUAUUGGGGAUGGCUAUACUGAUGAUUCAGAAGCUUUUAUAAAAGCAUGGCAAGAUGUGUGUGGGAGUCAAGUUACCCCAACACUUAUCAUACCAAACAACAAAACAUUCUUCUUACAACCUUUAAUAUUCCAAGGUCCAUGCAAAUGUGCAACAAUUAAAGUUUGGCUUGGAGGAACUAUCAUUGCCCCAAAAAACAUGGAGGAUUGGAAAUGGGCAGAAGAUAAAGAGCUAGCAUGGAUUCGAUUUGAAGACAUCUAUGGUCUUACUGUCAAUGGUGGAGGACAAAUUAAUGGCCAAGGUGCUCCAUGGUGGAAAGAGUAUCCUGAUAAUGAAAGUAAAAGGCCUUUUGCUAUUAAGUUUAUUGGGUGCGAAAAAAUUACAAUUAGUAAUUUGACUCACUACUGUCGCUACUGCAAAAAUCGGCGCCGGCUAUGA